AUGUAUUUGCCACCUGCUAUUGCCAAGGUUUAUAAUCUUAUUCGCCCUAUUUGUGCACGUUUGAAAACUUUCAUUAACUUUUUCAUUGCUCCGCAUAUUUCCUUACUAAGUGCUACCUACGACAGCGACUGCAGGACGACGAUAGCCUGCGGCAUCAGUGGUUCGGAACCUUUGGCUAGUUCAGCUUUUUGCACGAAACCCGAAGACGAGAUGGAAAAAUUGUCGCACAGGAGCAGCUCUUCACUGGGCGUGGCUAGAAGCGAUUCCAUGGCGUCCGUGUACUCAGGCGCCGGAGAGGGCAGGUACGGCAUGGUGCCUAUCAGAGGUGAGGUGGAGUUUGGUCUUCAGUACAACUAUAAAGCGGCACAGUUCGAGAUCAACAUCAAACAUUGUCGCGACCUGGCAGCUGCCGAUCCCAAACGAAACAGAUCCGACCCCUACGUAAAAGUGUACUUAUUGCCCGACAAAUCCAAGGCCGGCAAAAGAAAGACUCGAGUGAAGAAGCACACCAUGAACCCGAUAUUUGACGAGGUGCUCAAAUACAGUCUACCUUUGGAAGAGCUCAACAGCAGAACACUGUGGUUAAGCGUGUGGCACUCGGACAUGUUCGGACGCAACAACUUCUUAGGCGAGGUCCAACUUCCUCUGGAGAACAUGAUAUUCGACGAUCCAUCACCAAAACUCUACCCACUUCAGGAACGAACAGAACCUUUAGAUGAUAUUAUGUGUGUCAGUAACAAAGGCGAAAUUAUCGUCGGCCUGAAGUGUGUGCCACCCGACCCGAACUCAAAAAAACGUACCAAGGGCACAUUCCUUCUGCUAGUGAAAGACGCGAAGAACCUUCAAGCGAUCAAGUCUAACGGCUCAUCCGAUCCGUUUUGCAAAAGUUAUUUACUACCCGACAAGGGUCGUAGUUCUAAGCAGAAGACCAACGUGGCCCGAAAGACGUGCAACCCGAACUGGAACCAAACGCUUACGUACCGAGACGUGUCUCCAGACGAAUUGGCGGAGCGGAGUCUGGAACUUACCGUUUGGGACCACGACCGAUUGGGCAGCAAUGAGUUCUUGGGAGGCGUCCGCCUAUCGUUGGGUUCAGGUAUGUGUGACGGCAAACCAGUCGACUGGAUGGAUUCCAACGAAAAAGAAAUCGCCUUGUGGCAGAGGAUGUUGGACAGACCAAACUUUUGGGUCGAAGGUUGCCUGACGUUGCGACCGUCGUUGGAGUUAGCGAGCAAAAAUUAA